GCCCCCUACAGUCUGAGCAGCAGAGUGCUGAUUCACACACCCUCCAGAGUUCAAUCCCGCACAGACACGCAGACACGUUCAGGCUCACCUUCAUCUUCUCCUCUUCUAAUAAGAAUUGGUGUUGUGCGGCAGCUGGAGAUACACUAUGUUGUGAGCUGCGAACAAAGGAAACCGGAUGAUCAUGGCUCUUUUGCUAGACCACGCCGUCGAGCCGACCCAUGCUGCCUGCGAGAAGACUGGAGGGUACCUGUAGUUUCUCCUCCCGUUUCUCACUGUCUAAAUCUGGGUACACGUCGAGAACUUUAGGCCAGUGCCAGUCCGUCCGGAAAUCGCCAGAGGGUAUGGACUACGGAGAACGCCCAAGCGAAAUGGAGCCUGGACUGGAGCAAGCCAGAUGUCGGGUAGCCCACCCGCUAACCUCUUUCAUGCAGCGCACUUCUGCUGCCGCGACAGGGCAGAACAAGACAAGGCCCCCAGGCCCCUGGCCCCCCAUGCCACGUCUAGCGCACAGGGGGGCCACCCCGAGUACCAAAGUACCGACAGGGGAUGGCCACAAGCCGCUCAUCGUGGGCUGCCCCCGUCGUCAUGCCCCCCCGAGUAACCAUCAAGGCUGCUCGCUGGCUGUAAUUAAUGAACAACUCCACCUCGAACUGGAUGUGCCGCAUCCAUAUAAGCCCUCGAUACGUCCGAUACUUGGCUCAAGCCUGGAUCGAUCUGUCCAACCCUCAUCUCAGGCCCAAGACGCCUAUACCUGCCAGGCACUCUUCAGUCUCAGCCCUGCUCGCCUUACUUCGCCUUACCCGACCUCUCCAACAUCUGAUCAACAUCCACUACCUUGCAACAACACUGUCGAAAGAGUCGACGACCUCGUCCUACUUCGACCCUGCACCUGAAGCGUAUCAGAUACUCUGUGUGCUUUGCUGCUGCUUCCCGCAUCCUGUCGUUCCCCAUUGGGGCCUCGUACCAGAUCCUCUUCCCUAACCUCUUGCGUCUCGCAACAACACCACAACAAUGAGCGCCGU